AUGGAGAUUACGCACCGAAAGAAGGUAAAUGGCGCCGGGAAGACCAGGCACAGGACUAAGGGCGGCAAGGUUACCGAGCCGGAGAAGCCUGACGGGGUGGCAGAUGGGGACAAAUUCAGAGCUCGCAGCCCUUCAGAAUUGCUACAUCACGAACUUGAGCAUGUACAUUAUUACGGCAAAGAUCGGGAAGAAGGUGAGACUUUGGGUGAACUUUUGCACGACCACGAUGUGCUACACGCUCCCAGCUUGACGUUUUGCUCACUGAAAACUCCUUGGAAAAGGAGGCUUCAAACACUCGCUGCUGCGUGGCACGUGGGGUCGUUUCUGUAUAUUUUUGCCUUCACGCUGCUUGCGCUCGUGAAUCCUCUGUCGUGGAUUUUCAUGGUGCCAUAUCUGGUUUACUACAUUUUCGAUCGCUCGCCUGCCAAUGGGAAUGUCACGAAACGGUAUUCGCUUUGGUUUCGUCGACUCGCGUUCUGGAGAUACUACUGCGAGUACUUCCCGAUCAAAAUUCACAAAACUACGGAUCUAGAACCUACCUUUGUGACAGAAGGCCCCGAUGCUAGCGACAAAAACGCAAGAUAUGCCAUUGUCUGGGUUGUUCGACUGUGGCCGGCCCACAGACAAGUGACCUUCAGGUUUUGGAAAAGGAAAGUGGUCCCAAAGACGAAAGUGGCUGGCCCUAAAUACAUUUUUGGGUACCAUCCGCAUGGUGUGGCCGCUCUAGGAGCUUUCGGCGCAUUUGGGACUGAAGGUUGCGGCUGGACCGAACUUUUUCCCGGCAUUCCGACGUGUCUGAUGACGCUAAUAAAUCAAUUUCAAAUCCCAUUUUACAGGGACUACUUACUGUCAUUGGGGGUAACAUCGGUAUCCAAGAAAAAUGCUCUCAAAGUGCUACAACGCGAUUAUUCCAUCUGUAUCGUUGUUGGUGGAGCUCAGGAAGCACUGCUCAGCAGAAUAGGAAAUGCAGACCUUGUCUUGAAGAGAAGAAAAGGGUUCAUCAAACUUGCGAUGGAAACUGGGAACGUCAGUCUUGUCCCAUGCUAUGCAUUUGGUGAAACUGACUGUUACAACAUCCUACAAACUGACGACAAAUCCUACCUCCGGAGGUUCCAAUUAUGGAUUAAACGCAACUACGGAUUUACGAUACCUUUUUUCUUUGCAAGAGGUCUUUUCAACUACGAUUUUGGUCUCAUACCUUUCAGAUGUCCCAUCAACGUGGUAGUCGGGAACCCGAUUCACGUUAAGAAUGCUUGUAAAAAUCCAAGCAUGAAGGAAAUCGAUAAUUAUCAAAAGCUAUACGUUGCAGAACUGCAAAGAAUCUUUGACACAUAUAAAGAACAAUUUGGUUAUAAAGACUUGUCACUGAAUUUAAAAGAAUAA